AUGCAAUGUCCUGCACCGCCUCUGCACCGCCUCUGCGCCGUCGCCGACGCCUCGACAACCUUGACCGCAGAGGCUGUGGCGGACAUUGUGCGCCUAGGAGGCCUCGUCAAGCUGUACAUUCAGCUCUGCUCUAGCAAAGUUGUGGCUGACAUGCGGAUGCACAAUAUCUUCCUCGGAAACAACCCCGAAACGCGGAAAACGCCCAGACGCGAACAGUGCCCAGCACGUAGGCUCGAGUAUGAACCUCUGUACUGGUGUGUGAUUAGCGUGUUCCGCGCUCCGCACGAAGGAUACAAGGUGGACUAUACAUUCCUCUUCACCAUAUUCACCGGACCUACUCACAAUAUGGCGGGUGCUCACGAACUCGCCAUCAGCCUCGAGCGCAUGAGGCCCUAUGUCGCUUACGACUUUGCCAGCGCACAUCUUUCGAAGCUUUGGCAGUUCGGCUAUGGAGAAAACUAUCGGGGACGUUUCCAAGAUGAUGACAAGCGAGGGCCUGGCAAGUGUCCCUGCUGCGAUGAGACGACGAGCCGGAGAUAUCGUCUGGGCGCCACUCACGCUGACUUCCUGGAGCCCUUUGAGUUACUCACCCUGCCGCAGCGAUCCAACCCCUCGGCUUGGCUUGAGUACCAUGAGAACAGCCACGAGCUGCUAGGGGCUUUGUGGACAGAUCUGCGCGAGCAUUUCUUCGACAACGAUGUAUUGUUCCUGCGCGGCGUUGUGGCAGACGACGUCUUUGACUUUUUGGACCACCAUGCCCAGGCUGAGCAUGUCAAGCUACUCCGCCUGGAGCGCGCAGCCCUCGAGAUGAAGAUCAAGACAGAGAUGGUCUUCAAUCUGGCGUUGGAUACGGACCACGAGUCGGAGGAGGAUGAGAAACUCCACGCUGUCGACCAUGUCGAGGUCGCCACGAUCAAGACGACGAGGAGGGCCUACGGCCUGAUCCGGCACUUGUACCCGACCACAGCAGAAGAAAGCGGCCGGACGUAUCCGCGGGACAAGUUUGUCGCUGCCAUGGGUGAUCUAUGCUUUGCCGUGACCAACUGUGGAGGGUCGGCGGUGGCCCUUUUCCCCGUCGAGCCGUUGGGCGGGAAGCCGGUGGGCAUGCGGAUCAACUUGCAUCGGCCGCAUGAACCGAACAUCAACUUGACGGACAUGAGUAUGUUUGCGGAGAGAAUGGGCAAGAAAUUUGGAUGGACGAGGGGCUUGUUUGAGGCCUAG